AUGUUUGAAAUGAACGACCAUCACACGUCCGUUAACGGGAAAGGGCUUAGGAGUAUGCUUAUCGAAAAGUUUCAUCAAAAGUUCUCACAUGCGAAAGGUGCUGCUGCAACACAGCAGCAUGUGGAGCCGCCACAGCAACAGCAGAUGGAACAUCAGCAACACACGCAUCCUCACAUUUCAGUACCCCCCUCGCAGCCUUCAAUAGAUCCAGAUGUUGAAAUGGAUCUCGACCAUGAUGAAUACAAUAUUACUGCCUCGUCCUCGGUAGACAUAGUCUCCGAAAAGAUGGGGAUAGAGCAUGACAAUAUCCGGAAUACGAAGCCAAAACCUUUCUCGAAGCAGCUGAACUUGAAUACAGAUGCAUCUACAUGGUACGUGCUAGAACAACAGCAACAAGUUUCUACGCCAGUUAUGACUCCUGUAAAUCAGUCAGGGCCGCCUCACAUAUAUACAAACAGACAUGGAAGCAUGUCAUCUCUUGCCAGUUCUGUUUCAGAACUGGGAUAUUCAAAUGGAAGACCUUCUACUGCCAAUAAUAUCAGCUCUAUUCCUGCACCAUUUACCCCCCAGUUUGUCUCUUUAUUAUUGGAGGUUUACCUACAGGUCUGCUCAGAUCCGACAGUCACUCCAUUCGAUAGCAGUAACCCGCCUUCGGGGAUUCUGCACCGGGUAUCUAAAGUAGCAGUGGAAACAGCUGAUGCUGAUCAAGUUGAUAUCGGUCUGGAGAGAAAUUCGUGGUUGUUGACUUUAGUGAGACAGCGGUUGUUGAAAGAGGUGCGGAAAGAAAACUAUCUUUCAAGAAACAGUUCUAUCAUAUCACUACCUCCUGUUCCUCAGUUCGGAAACGAAGGAAUGUCUAACAAUAUGCUACAGCAAAGUCCACAGGAUUAUUUCAAUUGUCAUUCUGCCGAAAGUACAAAUUCUCCACCUUCUUCCUUUACUACGAACUAUUACACUGGUUUGAACUCGCCAUUCGAAUCUAGACCAUCGUCGCAGCAGUUGCAACAACCGUUACAACUAUCACAAGGCACUACGCAAGUUCCUCCUCAGAAUCCAAAAGCUCUUGUCAGGUCACGAAACAAUAGUUUCAUUACAGCCGCUAGUAGAUCAAGAAGUAACUCGUUCAAGAUACACCCACAAUUGUCAAAUACUAUUAGUGGUGUACAGCCACCUGCUCUUCCCAAUCUAACAAGGUCAAGAUCCUCUAGUAAUGCUCAUUUCUUUCUUACUCCAACAAAUUCUAUCCCAUCCCAAUCAUCUUUCCUAGCACAAUCAACCGCAAGCGUAAAUACUCUUUUGAACUCAACUUCAAAUGCUACAAAUACUGCUGCUGCUGGUCAACAGCCUGAUGAACGAAACAAUAGAUUACCCACACAUAUAGAAAAUGAAUCCAAUUUAUAG